AUGAAGACCACUCCGGCGAUGAUAUGCUGCUGCCUGCCGUGUAUUAUUUCAAUCCUGGGUAUUUGUCCCGAUAUGGUUGGAAUGAGAGGAGCCAGUGAUGAGUCUAUCAAUGCUCUGCCAACACACAACUUUAAGUUGAAGAGGAAUGUAAGUGGCAGCAGUAGAGACAAUGAUUCAGAAGUUGGUGAAGGUGGGUUUGUAGCGGCAGGAACAGAAAAGGAGCGUGCCAUCUCGGGGGAGGAUGAGGUUUGUUGCAUUUUCUUGGCAAGAUACACAGAUAAUGACGGGUUGAGGGAGCUUCCUUGCUCCCAUUUUUUUCAUACUGAGUGUUUAGAUAAAUGGCUAAAGAUCAAUGCAUCAUGUCCUCUCUACAAAUUUGAAAUUGGUGAUAGCAAUGUGAAUUCAUCAUCCACAACAGACUCUAAUCAAAUUAACAUCAAUGCAGUUGAAGCCAAACUCAUCACUAGUAACAACCUUCCUCUCAACGUCACUCCGGCAUUGCCACUGGUGCUUGCCUUCGAGUCGGAACUUGAACCAGUUUCUGGAGAAGAAGAUGACAAGUUUGAUGAUCCAGGAGACGAAGUUGAUGUAGAAGCAAAAGCUGGUGGUGAACAUGUUGCUGUGCUUGUGCUUGAACCUGCGUCUGCUUCUUUGAAGAUUUUUGCGUCUGGUGAAUCUGGUGGGAAUGGAGAGGAUGGGUUAAUCGAUAGGUUUAGUUUAGAUACUUAG